AUCGCUAUCAUAAUAUACGGUUUUUAGGUGUGCUCUUGAUUUGAUUGCUGUUCUGUUUUGUUUCCGGAGAGCAAAGAAAAAUGACGGUCGCCACUUUGGGUUCUGGUUUGGCUUAUUUGACUGAGGGCUUAGCUCAGUAUUCGUGUGCUUUGAAGCCUUUGCACUCUAGUCCCCCACACCACCAAGAACCUCAUGAACUAAAACCCCCAGCUUGGUUCUCCUCCUGGUGCUUCUGAGUUUAUUUUCCAGCUGGGAAACGAAGAGCACCCUGAACUCUGAACUCUGCUUGGUAUUUUUCUCGAGUUUCCCGUCUCCGCCUCCUAAACUCACUCAUGGAGAAGAAAAACAUUAGAAAAACCCUACUUUUACAAUACCUUAUUUGCCUUCUAUGCUUCAUCUUCAAAAUCACAGAACCCUCCUCCCUUUCACCGUCCCCUGAUUCAACUUUCUCCCUUUCUCCAAGCUCCCCUCCACCAUACGAUGUUCACCCAUCCUCAAGCCGUGCCAUUCUUAGGCCAAUCCUUCUCGGUAUCCUUUUCGGCUCCCUCACUGGUGUUUUUGCCUCCAUUAUCUUCCUCUUUACGAUCCGUCUCUUUCUCCUCUUUGCCAACCGGACCCCAAUACUCAAAGGCCCUGUCACCUUUUCACCAAAGAUCUCUCCCAAGUUUCUCAAAGUUAUUUUUUCUGGCGGAAACAAUGAAUCCCUGCAGAUGAUUGGUUCCAGCCCCAAUGGGAAGUACUUGAAGUUCCCACUCAACAGUGAGGUCACGGUUGCAGUAAAGGUGCUUGAAUCCGCCUGUUCUAGUGGUUCCCCUGGACCAACUUCCAAUUCGUGGAAGAGGAAAGUGCAGAGAGAGCUUGAAUUGCUAGCAAAGGUCAGCCACCGGAAUGUGAUGAGCUUGAGGGCUUAUGUACGAGACCAUGAUCGAUUUUCUUUAGUUUAUGAUUAUGUAUCAAAUGGAAGCUUGGAGGACGCCAUGAAAAGAGUAAGAUUGAAUCAGUUGAGGCUGGGAUGGGAGAUGAGACAUCGGAUUGCAGUAGGAAUGGUGAAAGGGUUAAAAUAUCUACACUAUGAGUUCGUUCCAAGGAUUUUACAUAACAAUCUGAAGCCCACAAAUGUGUUGCUAGAUGAUGGAUUUGAGCCUAAGUUAGGGGACUGUGGAUUGGCGAGGCUGGUUGUGGCUGGCGUGGAUGCGCCAAUCUCCUCCUGUUAUGUGGCACCAGAGUGUUUUCAGAGUUGCAGGUACACGGAUAAAAGCGACAUAUAUAGCUUUGGAAUGAUCCUCAGCAUGCUGUUGACAGGGAAAGAUCCCACUGAUCCAUUCUUCAUGGGGGAGGUGGGGAGGUGGGGCCUCGUCCCAUGGCUCCGGCACCUGCAGCAAGUUGGGGAGGCUCGUGAAGCCCUCGACAGUGGAAUGUUAGGAGAAGGCGAAGAGGAAGAGGAGAUGCUGAUGGCAAUCAGAAUCGCUCUUGUUUGCUUGUCAGACUUGCCUGCCGACCGACCUUCUAGUGAUGAGCUUGAAGCAAUGCUUACACAGCUCCACAGCUUCUGAUGCUCUUUAAUGGCUGUGAUUUGCCUGAAUUUGUUUUAAUUUUAUUGUUGACUAAUAAUUUUAGAGUUUUCUGUGAGCUCCAGCUAUAGUUCUAUACUAUUGACUUUUGAUAUUGUCAUUAGAAAUUUGAAGCCAAAGGCAUCAUAGGUGCUUGUAUUGUAGUGUUUUGUUGGCUUCUUUUCUUUUAGUAUUUUUUUUUUUGCUAUGUUA